GCCCCUUUACUAUAAAAUUAUUUUUUCUUGUGCUUGUAUUGCAUUCCUGGAAUAAAAUUAACCCCGAAAUGUGCACCACCGGUGAAUUUAGCUGGAUUGUCUCAUACAGAUCUUUAUCAUAAUAGACGAGUAAACAUACAUUGAAGGGAUAUGCAAAGCAAAUUGACUUGGAAAUAAAAGUACAGUACAAAGCCCGCUUUGGACGAGGACAAUGGCCUUUUCGGGUAAAUUGCUUCUGCAGUCCACGCUGCAUUUUUUUCACUGUUGCAAUAUAUUUAAAAAAAAAGUUAACUAGGUUACUUAUUGUAAAAGUUAGAUUGUCUCGUAGGUGCGAACACCAUCUCUUCAAUUCCUCUCCUUUGUAGUGAGACGAGUACUACUCAUAUGCUAGCUAUCCGGACUACUUAUUUGUCUAGAGAGAUAGAUCUUGUUGUAUGUAGCGUGUGGUGAUGUUUGCGCCGUACAGUUCGCGCUCUUUUAGACUGAGUCUGAGUGUGACGCAUACUGUGGUAUUUCACCCAAUAGAUAUGGUUGUUGAUCAAAAUUGGAUUUGUUUUCAAUUUCUUUGUGGAUCUGUGUAAUCUGAGGGAUAUACAGUGCCUUGCGAAAGUAUUCGGCCCCCUUGAACUUUGGGACCUUUUGCCACAUUUCAGGCUUCCAACAUAAAUAUAUAAAACUAUUUUUUUUGUAAAGAAUCAACAAGUGGGACACAAUCAUGAAGUGGAACGACAUUUAUUGGAUAUUUCAAACUUUUUUAACAAAUCAAAAACUGAAAAAUUGGGCGUGCAAAAGUAUUCAGCCCCUUUACUUUCAGUGCAGCAAACUCCAGAAGUUCAGUGAGGAUCUCUGAAUGAUCCAAUGUUGACCUAAAUGACUAAUGAUGAUAAAUACAAUCCACCUGUGUGUAAUCAAGUCUCCGUAUAAAUGCACCUGCACUGUGAUAGUCUCAGAGGUCCGUUAAAAGCGCAGAGAGCAUCAUGAAGAACAAGGAGGUCCGAGAUACUGUUGUGAAGAAGUUUAAAGCCGGAUAUGGAUACAAAAGAUUUCCCAAGCUUUAAACAUCCCAAGGAGCACUGUGCAAGCGAUAAUAUUGAAAUGGAAGGAGUAUCAGACCACUGCAAAUCUACCAAGACCUGGCCGUACCUCUAAACUUUCAGCUCAUACAAGGAGAAGACUGAUCAGAGAUGCAGCCAAGAGGCCCAUGAUCACUCUGGAUGAACUGCAGAGAUCUACAGCUGAGAUCUGUGCCUCGACACAAUCUUGUCUCUGAGCUCUACGGACAAUUCCUUCCACCUCAGUUUGGUUUUUGCUCUGACAUGCACUGUCAACUGUAUGACCUUAUAUAGACAGGUGUGUGCCUGUAACCCUAACCCUGGUCUCAUAGCAAAGGGUCUGAAUACUUGUGUAAAUAAAGACUUGCUGGCUGUAACCUCACAGCGCGGUCUUGGGGAGUAGUGGCCUCAGCUAUAAAGUCAACAAACUUACUGCGAAAGCUGGACCUGAGUUACAAUGACUUGCAGCACUCUCGUAUGGAUCUGCUCUGUGAUGGGUUGUGUAGUCAAAGCUGUAAACUGAAGAUCUUGAGGCUAAAUCAAUGCAAUCUAACAAUGGAAUGUUGUUCAGCUUUGGAGUCUGUUCUUAGCUCAACCUCAUCACACCUGAGAGAGCUGGACCUGGGUGGCAAUGAUUUACAAGAUUCGGGUGUGAAACUGCUCUCUGCUGGACUACAGAAAUUGGAGACUUUGAUGAUGUCAUCCUGUGGCAUCACAGAGGAAGGCUGUGCUUCUUUGGCUUCAGCUCUACGUUCAAACCCCUCAUACCUGAGAACGCUAGUACUCUGUGACAAUAACCUGCACAAUUCAGGAGUGAAGCUGCUCUCUGCUGGACUGGGGAGUAAACAUUGUGAACUGGAGACACUGAGGCUUUCUGGCUGUCUUGUCUCAAUGGAAGGAUGUGCUUCUCUGGCUUCAGCUCUGAGGUCAAACCCCUCACACCUGCGAGAGCUGGAUCUGAGCUACAAUCCACUCUUCAUACUAAAUGUGGAACACAAUGAAGAGUGCUACUUAAAACCAGGCCUGAAGAAGUAUGCCUGUGCGCUCACACUGGACCCUAACACAGCACACAAAACACUCUCUCUGUCUAACAACUGAAGAACUGUGACAUGGGAGGAUGAUGAUCAUCUGAGUUUGCCUCACACAGAGAGAUUUAAUGACUGUCCUCAGGUGCUGUGUAGAGAGGGUCUGACUGGGUGCUGUUACUGGGAGGCAGAGUGUAGUGGGAAAGGGUUUCAUGUAGGUGUGGCAUAUAAACACAUGAGCAGGGUUGGAAAAGGGCAUAACUGUUUGCUUGGUUACAAUGACAAAUCCUGGAGCCUAAGACUCCUCAACCACGGUUUCCUCAAACUCUCUGUCUUGCACAAAAAUGAGCACACGGUCAUACCUGCCCCCUCUUCCAGCACUGACAGAGUUGGGGUGUAUCUGAACUCCUCACAAGGCAUUCUGUCCUUCUACCUAGUCUACUCUGACACUCUGACCCACCUCCACACAUUCCAGUCCACCUUCACUGAACCACUUUAUCCAGCAUUUUCAGUCAAUGACUAUUCAUCAGUGUCCCUGUGUUAGGUCUUAAAUUGGCCUAGAGAAAAGGAUUAUGUUGAAUGUUUACUAAUAAACUGCUGUACUUCUGAGUCCAUGAUAGAGAUGGAGUCUAGACCAUAUCCAGUUGACCAAUACAUGGAAAUACUCAAUUCAUAUUAUCCAUAAUUGUUUGAACUCUUUCCCCCCCCAGUACAUUGCAAAAUUAUAAACAUUUGAAUGUUUUUGAAAGAACCUGGAUUCCCAAUCUGAGGUCCUACUGUAUAUGAACUGCAUACUUAUGCAAUAUAGUGGUUGAAAGUUUGACCUAUUCUGUAUGAUAUGUUGCGUUCAGCUACAAGGGGAGUUUCUCCUUAGCUUUUUUUUCUGUACAUUGUUCUCAGGGUUUGGGGUAUUUUUAUUUUUGAGUAAUAAUGGAAAUACAUUUUAUCAAACUAUUACAUGUACAAUAUGUAUGAUUGUGGUGUUGUGUAUUAUAAGAAAUGUUCAAAUGUGUUUUUAUAUGAAGGAUUUCUUAAGCUCCUAA